CUCUGUGGGUUUCCUCCCAUCUCCUCAAAACAUCACAUAGUUACAGCAUGCUACAUCCUUCCACUAUACCUGUUUUGAAUGCGAUGCGAGGAGAUGCCAGGAUGGAGGGAGGGACACCAUCACUGGCCUGCAGAUCUGCUCAUCAAGGCUUUCAUGGCAGCAUCAAGAACUCCACCCAGGACUUUGUAGUCACUGAGAUAGAUGUGCAUGGGCAGCUUGUGAACAGUCCAGGUGCUCCUGAGGAACCUGUGACGUUCAAGAGCAACGAGUUUCCACAGAAGGACAAUAUCAGAGUAAACCUCCUGACUGAGGAAACACCUUCUGAUGAAGUCCCAAGCGAUGCUGUGAGCUUAGAUGGUGGUGAAGUUUUGAGCCAGGAGUGUUUCGACCUGAGUGUCAUUCUAAGCAGUUCUGUAAAGAAGACUUUAGAACAAUUUGCCAGCGUUGUCCAAGGUUGCACUGAAGUGCAGAAGAACCUGGAAAUCUCCCUCGGAGCCUUUCCAGACAAGCAGCAGCGAGCCAUCGUGCACAGCGCGCUGAAGUACAAUUACCCGUUUCUCAUGACCGUCACCGACCACGACGAGAUCCUGGUCAGAGAGGACCCAGACUUUAGAGAACUGUCGCAUUUAGUCUCUGUGGAGGAAGCGGAGGAUUUCUUCAGGUUUAAAGAUGCUAAAGUUCCUGGCUCCACGUUCACCUUUGUGCCGGAUGACAUCAAGGAGCACCGGACGUCUGUUCACCAUUUCGUGAGCAGAAAGUUUGGAAAGCUGAUGGAGACGAAGAGCUUCGCGACGCGGGGCAGAACUGCUAUUACAGUGAGGCUGAGGGAGCGAGGGCGACAGGCCAGGAAGAGGACGGCAGCCGAGCGGGCGGAUGAGCAGGAUCUUUACACAGGUUUCACCCUACGAAAAGAAAAUCUUGAGACUUUAGAGGCUAUCAGCUAUAUGGCAGCAGUGCUUGGAGUUCUUCCAUCUGACUUCUCCUACGCUGGCAUCAAAGACAAACGAGCCAUAACCUAUCAGUCGAUGGUUGUGAAGAAGAUUUCUCCAGAACGGUUGUUGGCGAAGACCUACGUGUUUGAGAGGAAAGGACUGCAACUGUCUAAAAUCCAUCCAGUAUCCGAACCCCUUCGGCUUGGAAGGCUAGCAGGCAACCAUUUUGACCUUGUCAUCCGGGACCUGAAGCCUCACAAGUGUAGUUCAACCGAUCUAGAAAGUCUUGUGGAAGAGGCUGUGGAGAACGUGAAGACUCGGGGCUUUGUGAAUUAUUACGGACCGCAGAGGUUUGGAAGUAGCCAGAAAGUUCAAGCAGACCAGGUGGGACUUGAGCUUCUGAAGGACGACAUGAAUACAGCUCUCAGGUUGUUUCUGAGCCCAGAGGAAGGUGAUGACCUGGAAAACAAAGCCAAGCAACAUUUCCAUCAGACAGGGAAUGCAAAAGAAAGCCUGGCUCUCAUGCCUCCGCAUAAGGCCAGAGAGAGGCUGAUGCUACGAGCUCUGCACCGCUACGGCAGCGGCCCCGAUGGUUGCACUCACGCUUGGCUCAGCCUGCCGCAUAGCAUGAGGGUCUUUUACCUCCACGCCUACUGUAGUCGUUUGUGGAACGAAGCGGCGUGCUUCAGGCUGCGGACUCUAGGACCUCGGCCCGUACAGGGAGACCUGGUCCUAGCCGCGGCCUGCAGAGAUAGCCAAGCAGAAGAAGAAACGCCUGCGUCACAGGUCCAUGUUGUCACCUCUGCAGAAGAGCAUGACGGCGUCUUUUCACUAGAUCAGGUGGUCCUCCCAAUGCCAGGCAACAGUGUGAAGUACCCAGAGAAUGCGCUCGGCUCCUGGUAUCAGGAAAGACUGGGACAGGACGGACUUGGCUCAUGUCGAUUCAGAAUCCCCUCACUUAAACUCAACGUCCCGGGUUGCUAUCGCCCCCUACUGUCUUACCCUCGUAAUGUCUCCUAUAACCUACACGUUGACGAGGACACACAGGACACGGGGUUGUCCGCACCUCCGUGCAGAACUAGCCUGGCUCUGGCUUUUAACUUGAACGCGUCCUGUUAUGCGACAGUCUGUCUCCGAGAAAUCAUGAAGUGUGACCCAUAGCAGCUCCUAGUGACUAUGACAGAACAAAUAAGCGGGUAGAUGUAAGAUUUUCUGUGUAAAUACCACACUGGAUUUCCAGACAUGGAUCACUCCGAGAUCAUUCUAUCAUAUUUGAGCAUAGGUUUGAUUCAGACAGGGCAAUAUAUAUGAAAAAAGACAUUGAAAGACACACUGACUUGGUUCUUUUUUUUAUUUAAAUACAAUGACAAAGUGAACCAAUGAA